GUGUCGAGCCUCCUACAGACAACCAAUGAGGUGCAGUUUCCAGUCUUCACAUCCGGCCUCAAUGGCCAGACUCGGUGGGCUGAAGUGUACGAGACACGCUUGGAGGACCUCGGUUGCCAAGCUUUGGCAGCCGCUGUGGCACUGCUGCGACAGCUCCCUUUCUGCCUCAACGAGGAGGGCUGGCCUCAAGAGGCAAAGAGCAAGAGAGCCAAGGUGCCAACGAAGUCCACCUUCCGGGGAUGCCGU